GCUGCUGGUUUUAGAGCUUUUCCAGUUCAGAGUCAGUCCGCCUGUGGAUCUCACCAGCUUUCUCGGUGCUGCAACAACAGAAGAGCAGCCAUGCAGCCGGGGGACGGAGAUACAGGAGCGAGAGUCGGUUAGACAGAAAAGGAGACAACCGGCACCCUGAGAGACAAAAGGAGCGCGCGCUGCUGUUUGUGUGUGAGUGAAAGUUGUCGGCGCGGCGCCGCUGCUCUGCUCGCGGCUCUCCACUCCACUCUCCCCACUCCACUCCACUCCACUCCACUCCACUCCUCUCCUCUCCACUCCACUCCACUCUCGGAGCGAAACCUCACGCACUUCACACACUCACUCGGGGAAAAUGGGGGAGCAGCCUCUCUUUAGCACAAAGGCACACGUCUUCCAGAUUGAUCCAGCCACUAAGCGAAACUGGAUUCCUGCCAGCAAGCAUGCAGUCACUGUGUCGUUCUUCUAUGACGCCAGCAGGACUGUGUAUCGCAUCAUCAGUGUAGGAGGAACAAAGGCAAUUAUAAACAGCACUGUAACACCCAACAUGACCUUCACCAAGACUUCGCAGAAAUUUGGGCAGUGGGCAGACAGCAGAGCAAACACUGUGUAUGGAUUAGGCUUCGCUACAGAGCAGCAUCUUCAACAGUUUGCAGAACAGUUCAGAGAAGUCAAGGAAGCUGCACGGCUCGUGAGGGAGAAAUCACAAGAGAAGUUUGAGCUGAUCAGUCCUGGUUUAAACAUCGCUCCUCUACAGGGUCUGUCUGAAGAUCACCACUCUCCAACAGCACUUGUGUGUGUAAACGGUUCUGGGGAGGACAAGCUGUUUCGCAGCAAGAGUGCAGACCUCGAGCUAGCUUCAAAGAAGGAGCGUGUUAAGAAGAUACUUUCAGAAGGAUCGAUAUGUGAGACAGGCAUGGAGACCGAGCUGUUCACUCUGAGGGAGAGCAACACUAAGCUUGUCGCAGCCCUCCAUGAAGCCAACAGCAGCAUUGAACAGUGGAAGAACCAGUUCGCUGAGUAUCAGCAGGAGACGUACAGACUCCGAGACCAGGUGGCCGAGCUGGAAGAGCAAAGUGGAAAUGCUGCUUCGUUUGAGAAAAAGACUGAAGGUCUCUUCCGGUCUGUAGAAGAUAUGGAGGCCCUUCUAAAGGCUAAAGAUGAAGAAAUUAACAAGCUCCAGGGUAGGAAAUCAGACUUCCAGGAUUUGGAGAAGGAGAGGGAGGAGAUUAAUAAAAGAAUGCAGGAACUGGAGCAGAGGAAUUUUGAGCUGGAACAGCAAGUGCAGAAAGCGGAGCAGAGUCUGGCGUCUUCACUGAACGCACGGCAGCAGGCGGAGGGUGAAGUGCGGAAAGUCAUCGAAGUGCUGGAUGCCAAGAUCUUUGAUCUAAGCAGCUUGAGGCAGAGCCUGGCCAACUUUCUGGAUAAAUAGCAGCCAUCAGCUUGAAACGUCAGACUGCUGAGACAUGCAGGAAUGUAAUGAAGAAGCACUCCACUUAAUUCCUCUUAAACAUGCGUCAGCUACAGUGGUAUACAUUACUUUCUUCAAACCUCAGAAGAAAAUUGGUAAAGGUGCGCUUGGAUAGGAGAAUAUUCAUCUCUGUGCGCACUUAGGCCGUUCUCACCCAUUUAAAGCACAAUGUAAUUAAUGGUAGAUCACAACUUGGGAGUUAAGUUUUGCAUUAUGUAGUAAAAUGUGCAUAACUGGGAUUAAAUUAGGUGUCUUUUAAAUAUUGUAAUAGGUAAUAUAGUAUGUGCAUUGCUGAUAUCAUUUGUGCAUUAUAAACCAUUGAAUGAAUGAAUGAAAGGACAUGUACUGUAGUUACAAAAACACUAUACUACGUUAUAUAAAGAUGAAUUUGUAGCAAAAAUUGUUGUAACUCUUAUGGCAGUGUUAGUUCCUUCAGACUUGGCCAUAGAUAGUUUUCAACAAGAUGAUGAAACAAAACACGAAGCCAAUAAUUUACAUCGCCAUUCGCUUACCACUUAAAGUGGCAUGCGAAAGUUUGGGCACCCGUACUGAAAAUGUCUGUUACUGUGAAUAGUUAAGUGAGCAGAAGAUGAACUGAUCACCAAAAGGCAUAAAGGUAAAGACGAGACAUUUCUUUUCAGCGUUUUCUGCAAGAUUUGUGUAUUUUUUAAUUUUUUUUUUUGUACAAUUGGAGAGUGAAAAGGCGGCACGGUGGUGUAGUGGUUAGCGCUGUCGCCUCACAGCAAGAGGGUCCGGGUUCGAGCCCCGUGGCCGGCGAGGGCCUUUCUGUGUGGAGUUUGCAUGUUCUCCCCGUGUCCGCGUGGGUUUCCUCCGGGUGCUC